AUGCCCACCCUCGUCACACGCGAGGCGUACGCCUGCUUACACAGCCUAGACACACACCACCAGACCCUCGGGACCGACGAUAGCGUUGAAGUCGAAAUUGAGACCGUCCCGAUCCCGUCCCAAUGUCCGGAUUGCGUGUACGAUUCCCUCCUAGAGGGAUGUCGAGAGCUCGACGCAUACCGCAACGACCAUGAUGAUAGUUCUGCGUCAGAACAGCCCACGCUGACGGAUGAAGAGCGCGUGGCAGAAUUCGCUAAGUAUCUGCUGGAUCUGGUGGAGAAGAAGCGGUGUGCGUUGCUAGCCGCAUAUGGCGCCGGCUACGUGCCGGAGUUUUAA